AUGGAGCGGGCCGAGGUGCGGGAGCUGCGCAGCGGCGACGGUCCGCCGGGGCUCCGGCUCGCGCUGGGGCUGCUGCUGUUGCUGGCGCGGCCGCCGUCGGGCCGCGCGGGGGCCCCCGAGGCGCAGGAGGCCGCGGCACCUAGCACGGCAGCCCCGGCCGGCGGCGACCGCUGCCGCGGCUACUACGACGUGAUGGGCCAGUGGGACCCGCCCUUCAACUGCAGCUCGGGCGCCUACAGCUUCUGCUGCGGCACGUGCGGCUACCGCUUUUGCUGCCACGACGGGCCACGGCGCCUCGAUCAGAGCCGCUGUUCCAACUACGACACGCCGGCCUGGGUGCAGACCGGCCGGCCGCCCGCGCGGGCCCGCGACCCCGCCGUGCCGCGGGACCCGGGUCGCGAGCGCAGCCACACGGCCGUCUACGCGGUGUGCGGCGUCGCUGCGUUGCUGGUGCUGGCCGGCAUCGGGGUGCGCCUGGGCCUGGAGAGGGCGCACAGUCCGCGCGCGCGGCGCACGGUGACCAGGACGCUGACAGAACUUCUGAAGCAGCCCGGCCCCCAGGAGCCACUUCCUCCACCUCUGGGUCCACCUCUGGGUCGCUGUGUCCAGGUGCAGAUGGGUGAUGGCCUUCCCCAGGACUCCCCCCACAACAGCACAGACAAGAAACGCCACAACAACGUGCCCCUGGGGUCAGCAACACUGGGACCCCUGCGUGGUCCUCGGCUGCAGGGAGGCGGCAGCGGGACGCUUCAGCCGGGUUACGCUAAGUAUGCCACCUUCAAGGCAGCCGCGCUCAAGGCCUCAGAGGCCUCCCGGCAGGACUUUUAUCAGCAUUUUCCAGCGCCCGCACCUGCCCCACUGACCCUGCCGGCGCGGGCCCCGCGGCCCCCAGAGGACUUGCCCGCACUGCUUGACGCCUGCCCCUGGGCCCCACCCAGCUACGCGCCCCCCGCCGCCCCUGCCCCUACGGGCCACUGCAAGGCCUGGACCGCCAGCCGCCCGGCUCGGCCCAUCCCCCGCGGCCACCUGGCGGCUCAGGCGUCUCCUGCUCCCCGGCGGUCCUGCCGCCCGCCCCGGCGCCAGUUCAGCGUGGAGAAGCUGCCCGAAGCCUUCGGCGCGCAGCCCCCUGGCCUUUACGGCUGCACAGGCCGUGUACCCCGGCACCUGAGCACCAACAGCAAAGCUGAGGUCACCGUAUGAAGAUGGGGCUCUUGGUUCUUUCGAGGCAACUCAUCUACCAGGGGUCCGCCAUCGUCCUGGUCCAAAAUCCCAGGCUGCGAGGGGGAGGGGCGCCAUCAGCAUAUCCAGCCGGUCCGCCUGCCCAAACUGGACAGCAGCCCUUACAGCCUGCAGGACUAAGAUGGGGCCCGUCCUGGGGGCCGCAGGGCCCAGGUUCCUCGUGUAAACAAACCCUAUUCUGUGGCUCCCAUCCCUGAGAAUAAAGGAGCCCCAGCUUGGC